UUCCCUCCCCCCGUGAGGCGGCGGCGGCGGCACCGCGACGGGAGCGGCGCGGUGAGGCGAGGCCCGGCCCGGGCUCCCUGCCUUCCCCUCCUCUGGGCGCCGGCGAUUUAGGGGGAAAACCUGAUACAUCGUGAAAAUGUUUAACAAAUCCUUUGGAACUCCUUUUGGAGGCAGCACUGGCUUUGGGACAACUUCAACUUUUGGACAAAAUGCUGGCUUUGGUACUACAAGUGGAGGAGCGUUUGGAACAUCAGCCUUUGGGUCGAACAAUAAUACUGGAGGCCUCUUCGGGAGUACUCAGACAAAACCAGGAGGAUUAUUUGGUUCGACUACAUUUAAUCAGCCAGCCACCUCCUCCACAAGCACUGGCUUUGGGUUUGGAACAUCAACUGGGACGUCAAAUAGCCUGUUUGGAACUACCAGCACUGGCGGAGGCCUCUUCUCAUCCCAAAAUAAUGCCUUUGCACAGAAUAAGCCAGCUGGGUUUGGAAACUUUGGAACUAGUACCAGCAGUGGAGGUCUCUUUGGAACCACUAACACUACUUCCAAUCCUUUUGGGAGUACAUCUGGCUCUCUUUUUGGCCCAACUAGUUUUACUGCUGCUCCAACUGGCACAACUAUUAAGUUUAAUCCACCAACCGGUACAGAUACUAUGGUGAAAUCUGGAGUUAGCACUAACAUCAAUACCAAGCACCAAUGUAUUACUGCUAUGAAAGAAUAUGAAAGCAAAUCUCUUGAGGAACUUCGUUUGGAAGACUACCAGGCAAAUAGGAAGGGGCCGUCAAAUCCUGUAGGAGCAGGAGCAGCUGCAGGCUUGUUCGGGUCUUCUACUGCUACAUCAAGUACAGCUACAGGACUUUUUGGCUCUUCUACUACUAACACAGGCUUUUCAUAUGGACAGAAUAAAACUGCUUUUGGAACCAGUACAACUGGUUUUGGAACAGGAACAACAGGGGGUCUUUUUGGUCAACAAUCUCAAACUACAAGUCUGUUUAACAAACCAUUUGGUCAAGCCACAACAACGCAGAACACUGGUUUUUCUUUUGGCAAUACCACUCUAGGACAGCCGAACACAAACACAAUGGGUCUCUUUGGGGUAACCCAGCCCUCACAGCCUGGAGGCCUUUUUGGAACAGCUGCCAAUACAAAUGCUGGUACUGGAUUUGGAACCGGAACUGGUCUUUUUGGACAAGCUAACACAGGAUUUGGUGUUGGCGGUUCGACCCUGUUUGGUAACAAGCCUGCUGGAUUUGGAACCACCACGACCAGUGCUCCCUCGUUUGGUACAACCACAGGCGGCGGGCUCUUUGGUAACAAACCAACCCUGACUUUAGGAACCAAUACAAACACUUCCAAUUUUGGUUUUGGUGCCAACACUGCUGGAAAUAGUUUGUUUGGAAAUAAGCCUGCAACUGGGACUCUGGGAACUGGACUUGGAACAGGGUUUGGAACAGCUCUUGGGGCAGGACAGACUUCUUUAUUUGGAAACACCCAGCCUAAACUUGGUGGAACACUAGGAACAGGAGCGUUUGGAGCACCAGGAUUCAAUACAUCAACAGCUACUCUGGGCUUUGGAGCCCCUCAGCCUGCUGUCGCACUGACAGACCCAAAUGCAUCAGCUGCCCAGCAAGCCGUCCUUCAGCAGCAUCUCAAUAGCUUAACUUACUCACCCUUUGGAGAUUCUCCACUCUUCAGAAACCCCAUGUCAGACCCGAAGAAGAAAGAAGAGAGGCUGAAACCAACUAACCCAGCAGCUCAGAAGGCCUUGACGACACCCACCCACUACAAACUGACUCCGCGUCCAGCGACCAGAGUGCGACCAAAAGCUUUGCAGUCAGCUGGCUCUGCUAAAUCUCAUCUCUUUGAUGGUCUUGAUGAUGACGAGCCAUCCCUAUCCAAUGGUGCAUUCAUGCCAAAGAAGAGCAUCAAAAAGUUGGUUUUGAAGAAUCUCAACAGUAGCAAUCUGUUCUCACCUGUUAAUCGUGAAAAUGAAGACCUGGCUUCUCCAUCGGAGUAUCCAGAGAAUGGAGAUAGGUUCUUUUUGUCGGUGCCUCCUGAUGAAAACCACAGACAAGAUGGUGAGCGAGAGGAGGAGGAGGAUCAUCAUGAAGUGACUAGGUUUUACACUAACCCCAUUGCCAAGCCCAUCCCACAGACCCCAGAGAACACUGUGCACAAACACCAGAACAGUGUGGAUGAUACUAUUGUGGCUCUGAAUAUGCGGGUGGCCUUACGAAAUGGUCUGGAAGGCAGCAGUGAAGAUGCCUCAUUUCAUGAUGACUCCCUUCAGGAUGAGCGUGAAGAGGAGCCUGAAACAGUGCAUCAUGUGCAUCCUGCAGGAAUUGUUCUAACAAGAGCUGGCUAUUACACCAUCCCGUCCAUGGAGGAGCUAGCUAGAUUUACAAAUGACAGAAAUGAAUGUAUUGUGACAGACUUCACCAUAGGCCGCAAAGGUUAUGGAUCAAUUUACUUUGAAGGAGAAGUAAAUCUAACUAACUUAAAUCUGGAUGACAUUGUACAUAUCCGUAGAAAAGAAGUUAUUGUUUACCCUGAUGAUGAAAGAAAACCACCUAUUGGUGAAGGUUUAAAUAGACGAGCUGAAGUUACCUUAGAUGGAGUCUGGCCUACAGAUAAAACAUCUCGUUGCCUGAUAAAAAGCCCUGAACGACUGGCAGAGAUGAAUUACGAAGGUAGACUGGAGUCUGUAUCUCGGAAGCAGGGCGCUCGAUUCAAGGAAUACCGUCCAGAGACCGGAUCUUGGGUGUUUAAGGUGGCACACUUUUCCAAGUAUGGCUUGCAAGAUUCAGAUGAGGAAGAGGAAGAGCAUCCUUCAAAAGUGGACACAAAGAAGUUAAAAACUACACCUGUGCCACCCCCAGGGCAUCUGCCACCCCAGCAAAUGACCCUAAACGGCAAGCCAACACCUCCAUCUCAGACCCCAGAAGUGGAGCAGCUGGGCAGGGUUGUGGAACUGGACAGUGAUAUGGCAGACAUCACCCAGGAGCCUCCCCAGGAGUCCACUGUAGCAGAUAACAUGACAGAAGAGCAGGAGGCAGUGCCUGCUUCAACUCACAUCGCAUCAACCCUGGGUAUUAACCCACAUGUCUUGCAGAUUAUGAAAGCUUCCUUGCUUGCUGAUGAAGAUGACCUAGACUUGAUCCUGGAUCAUUAUCCUGGGAAGCAACCUGUAAAAAUGGAUACUUCUCAAGAGAUCUGUUCUCCGAGGCUCCCUAUUUCAAAAUCACAAGGACAGAAAAGAUACUCGGUUGGUGGGCUGCUGCAAUCCAAAUUUGCUAAUGUAAUUUUCCAAUCACCAAAUGCUGCUCUGCAAGACUUCAAGGGACCAAGGACUUCAAGCAGUCCCCCUUCUGUUGCCCUUUGGUCAGCGACUUCUCCAUUAGCAUCUACAUUCUCUGUACCACCAUCAGUCCCUGAGGUACAGAUGAAAACAGUUGGUGUCCGCAGGCAGCAGGGGCUUGUACCUCUGGAAAAGUCCAUCACCUAUGGAAAAGGGAAGCUACUGAUGGAUAUGGCACUCUUCAUGGGGCGCUCAUUUCGUGUUGGUUGGGGACCCAACUGGACACUUGUCAAUUGUGGAGAUAAGUUGAGUGGAUCAAGUGAAAUGGAAGAUCUUCGGUGUGAGACCGUGGAGUACGGAUUCCUGCCAACUCCUGUCGCCCCAAAAUCACUCUCAGAAUCUUCUUUCAAGGUUCAUGUGGAGAAGCUGAGCUUAGAACAACGGAAGAUGGACAGAGGCAAACAGCUGUAUCUCAUCCCUCUGGAGAUAAAGCUGAAACAUAGCACUGUCCAUAUGGAUGAGCACUGUCCUCUUCUAGAGCCCAACCCAGGAGUUUCUGCUAUUCAUGACUAUGCUGACUGGGUUAGGAAGGCAUCCGAGGAUCCUGCUGUGACAGAAGCUGUUGUGAAGCACUGGUGCUUGGCGUGGACUUUAUGUGAAGCGAUUUGGGGGAACCUGAGAGAGUUAGAGGCCAGCUUGGAGGACCCCAGUGAAUAUAUCCUGGCCUUGGAGCGUAGGAAAGCCUUCUCUCGCUGGCUCUCAGAGACUGCUGCAGGACGAAUUGAGGAGGAAGUCUCUUUGUCCCGACACGGUAAUCACAUAGAGGCUGUGUUCAGCUGCCUUACUGGGAAGAGAAUUGGUGAAGCUUGCAGGCUGGCACAGCAGUCAGGUGAUCACAGACUUGCUCUGCUCCUCUCCCAGCUGGCAGGUAGCCAGCCCAUUCGGGACCUCCUCACCAUGCAGCUGGUGGACUGGCACAGGCUGCAGGCAGACUGCUUCAUCCAGGAAGAGAGACUGCGGAUCUUUGCCCUGCUUGCAGGAAAGCCUGUGUGGCAGUUAUCAGAGAGAAUAAGUAUCAAUGUAUGCUCGCUGCUGGACUGGAAGCGUUGCAUGGCUGUCCACCUCUGGUACCUGCUUCCUCCAACAGCUUCUAUUUCCAAGGCACUUGCCAUGUACGAGUCAGCGUUUCAGAACACACCGGAGUGUGAAAAAUAUGCCUGCUGUCCCCUGCCUCCUUACCUAGAAGGUUCUGGUUGUGUAAUUGAAGAAGAUGAUAAUGCAGGAAGACCUUUGAGAGAUGUCUGUUUCCAUUUGUUAAAGCUCUACAGUGACAGGCACUAUGAUCUUGACCAGCUGCUUGAUCCCAGGAGUGUGACAUCUGACCCUCUGGACUAUCGUCUCAGUUGGCACCUGUGGGAAGUGCUCAGAGCCCUGAAUUAUACCCAUCUAUUCAAGCAGAGUCAAGGAGUGCUGAAUGCUAGCUAUGCUGCCCAGCUUGAAAGUGAAGGGCUUUGGGAAUGGGCUGUUUUUAUACUGCUGCAUGAGCCUGAUACGCACACACGGGAGAAGGCAGUGCGGGAACUCCUAAACAGGCAUUGCGUUCUCUCUGAGACACCAGAGUCUUGGGCCAAGGAGACUUUUCUGACGCAGAGGCUCUGCGUUCCCCCUGAGUGGAUUCAUGAAGCAAAGGCAGUUCGAGCAAGGAUGGAGGGUGACAAGCAUAAAGAAGCCCUCUUCUUGUUCAAGGCUGGGCACUGGAACCAGUGUCACAAGCUGGUUGUCAGGCACUUAGCCUCAGAUGCUAUUAUUAAUGAAAACUACAAGUACCUGAAAGGAUUCCUGGAAGAUCUUGCCCCUCCAGAGCGUAGUGCACUCAUCCAGGACUGGGAGAUGGCAGGGCUGGUCUACCUAGAUUACAUCCGUGUUAUUGAGAUGCUUGAUAGGAUUCAGCAGCUGGAUUGUUCCACCUACGAGCUGGAGCGGUUACAUACCAAAGUGACAUCCCUGUGCAACAGGAUAGAGCAGAUCCAAUGCCACAGCGCGAAGGACCGCCUGGCUCAGUCAGAUAUGGCCAAGCGUGUUGCUAACCUGCUGCGGGUGGUCCUCAGCCUGCAGCACACCCCAGAGCCCAUUUCCGACUCCACGCCUGACCUGCAGCGCGUCCCUCUUCGCCUGCUCGCUCCCCACAUCGGAAGGCUGCCUAUGCCGGAGGACUAUGCCUUGGAGGAGCUCCGCAGCCUCACCCAGUCUUACCUACGGGAGCUGACAGUAGUGACGCAUUGAGGAAGAAUCCCUUCCACCGAUGGACAGUUUUUACCGUUUGUUAACCCUUACCCUUGUUUUGAGGGCGAACAACCUCUAGCCACGCAGGUUUUUCGAUAGGGGUGUAAAACAGCUUUAGUAUGUGGGCUAACGCAGGAGUUUUUGUAACCUGGGGGAGCAUUGAGACUGAUUGGACCUUGCUGGCUGGCACCCUCAACCAAACAACAUUUUCCUAGAAUCAAUAAAGCACCUCUUGCCGAA